AUGCUUAGAAGUGCUAGAUUUUUAGUUGUUUUGCAAUCGAAGAGAAAUGCUGGAGGUAAGGAGAAAAAAUUGAAUGCGCAUUGGCCAAACUAUGACAGGGUAUUCAAAACAGAUAACUUUAGAAAAAAAAACCAGAACAAAAAUUGUAGGUUGGCCUGCAAUUUUUGUAUUUUUUUUUUGUUUUCAAACUUUCGCAAUAGAGCGAACAUAACAUUUUUGAGGUUUUUCCUUGGCCGAGAAAUCACCUCAAAAUUCUAGGCCACAAUGAUUAUUUUCUUUUUUUAGGCGUAAAUUGGUCCAUUCCCGGAAAAGUGCUCAGUCUUGAGCAAAAACAAUUCUACAACAAAAAUGGCUUUAUCAUGAUCAAAAAUUGUGUGAGCCAAGAAGAUUUGGCAAAAUACACGACACGAUUCAAUGAGAUUUGCAAGAAAACAGUGAAACCGCCAAAAACCAUGCUGAUUAUGAAAGAUGUGUCGUUUGCUAAGCAAGGAAAGAAGAAAAGUAAGAAAAAUUUAGAAAUAUAACUAUAGAAGAAUAUUAAUUUUAGACCACGCUACGAUAACAAAAUUGCAAGAUUUCGGUGAUGAACCAGUCCUAUUUUCUUACUGUGAAAAUCUAAAAAUCACUGAUAUUGUUCGAGAUUUAAUCGGAAAUCCACAAACAAAUAUUCAAGCGAUGCAUACAAUGUUGAUCAAUAAACCACCAGAUACUGGAAAAUUGACAUCGAGACAUCCGAUGCACCAAGAUUUGACAUAUUUUCCAUGGAGACCUUCGGAUUUGACGAUUUGUGCGUGGACGGCGAUGGAAAAGAUUACGAGGAAAAAUGGAUGCUUGACGGUGGUGCCGGGAACGCAUAAAGGGAAAUUGAUGGAGCACGGAUAUCCAGAUUGGGAGGUGAGAUUGGUUUGGAUGACAAAACACAAAAAUUGAAUUAUUUUCUGCAAUCUUUGAUCUACCUGUUUCUUUAAAAUUUCAAAAACUAGGGAAAACAUUUUACAAAUUUCAAACAAUUGUUUAAAACAGGUCAUCCCGAAAAGUAUUCCAACUAUCCAUUUUCCACUAAAGAUUCAAAAUGUUUCCAGGGUGGUGUGAACGAAGCCUAUUAUGCAAUCAAAGACUAUGACGUGAAUUCGCCACGUGAAUACGUUGAAAUGGAUGCCGGUGACACGGUGUUUUUCCAUCCAAAACUUUUCCAUGGCUCGGGAGCAAAUCGCUCAUCAGGUUUCCGAAAAGCCAUUUCUUGUCAUUACGCGAAUUAUGAUGAAUCGAAAUAUAUUGAUGUUAGUGGAACAUUUCAAGAGAAAUUGGGAAAACAAAUUGUGGAUUUGAUAUUGAAACAUCCGGAAAGAUAUGAUUUGCCGGAGGAUAAGGAAAAAGUGGAUUUUGAAUGGACUUGGAGAUUUAGAAGUCGACCAGUUGGACACAAAGGAAAGGAUAAUUUGUGA